AUGAAGCAACCCACAGCUCUUCUGGCCCUUGUCGGCCUCUAUUUCUCCUGCGCUAAUGCAGCAGAGGCGACAGACAUGGGCCCUGCGGCCUUUCUCUGGCCUCCCGACCGGGCAUGGGGAGCUGCGCAAGAUAACACCGCACCUUGCGGUUCAUCUGCCGGAGUGACAAACCGUACGGACUUCCCUUUGACGAAUGGCAAGGUAUCUCUAGUGCUUCAGGACGAGUCCUACAGUGUAAAUCUAGCUGUUUCUUACCACAAUGACCCAACAUUUAGCAAUGACUUUACGACCGUGGUCGCGUCCAGCAACUUCCCAGACCUUGAUCCAGGUCAUGAAUGCUACGCCGUGCCUAAUCCCCCCUCCAAUAUCACCUCCGGCUCCAACGCCACACUGCAACUGUCCUACUUGUCCACGUUUGACGCAGACACAAACAACACAUACUAUGCUUGCGCCGAUAUCACCUAUGUUCCGCUCGCUUCUUUCACCACAAACGUCCUAUGCUUUAACGUAUCUGAGUCAUCAACUUCGACUUCGAGCUCUACUAGCACCAGCACUUCCACGGAUACGUCUUCUUCCCAGUCUUCAUCUUCACACAGUGGACUGUCUGGCGGUCAGAUUGCAGGCAUUGUGGUGGGAUGUGUCGCCGGUGCCGCUUUGAUUGCAGUGGCUCUCUUCCUCUUGUGGGGCCGUCAUCAGCGCCAAGUCCAGCGAGACAAAGUAGUUGCAGUUCGGAUGAGUGAUUGGACAAAUAAUCCCCAGAAGACAGUGUCUGGCAACUCUACUCAGGCAAAUCAGGUGUAG